AUGGCCGGUUUAAGGAGUGCACUGCUCCCCCAUGUCCUGCUCUUCGUGCUGGCGGGAUGCUGCGGUGUUCAGGGCGCUGUGCGGAGCGGAAAAGAGCCGGACAACACCGGCGGCAAUUUCCUGGAAGACGAGCAAUGGCUGUCUACUACCUCCCAAUACAGCCGCAAGAUAAAGCACUGGAACCGCUUCAGAGACGAUGACUACGUCAGAACUGUGGAUGAUCCCCAGGGUUCUGAGGAAAGUGUGGACACCACCAAGGACCCAUGUCAGAAGGUGAAAUGCAACUGGAACAAAGUGUGUGUGUCCCAGAACUACCAGAGACCCAUGUGCAUCAACCGCAAGAAACUGGAGCACAGGAUCAGGCAGCCUGACAUGAAGCCUCACGUAAGCAGCUGUAAACCGUGUCCCCUGUCAGCCUCAAACCCUGUGUGCGGAUCUGAUGGACAUAACUAUGCUUCACAGUGUAAGCUGGAGCAGCAGGCAUGUUUGAGUGGUAAAACGCUAGCUGUUAAGUGUGCAGGACCCUGUCCAUGUGUUAGUGAGCCUGUUCCAAAACCUGAGACAGAAACACCUUCUGUUUCCAAACCAGAGAGCUGCACGGGACAGGACUUGGCAGAUUUGGGGGACAGGCUCAGGGAUUGGUUCCAGCUUCUCCAUGGCAAUGCUAAAAUGAACAGCUCUGGCAGACAGGGAUCAGGAACAGCUUCAGUGUUUGAGAAGAACUUGGUGGCAGGCUGCAAAGAUUCGAUUGGCUGGAUGUUCUCCAAGCUGGACACCAGCAAUGACCUCUACCUGGACCAUGCUGAGCUGGCUGCUAUAAACCUAGAGAAGUAUGAGGUGUGUAUCAGACCAUUCUUCAACUCCUGCGACUCGUACCGUGAUGGCAAGGUGUCCACGGCCGAAUGGUGUCUCUGCUUCUGGAGGGAGAAGCCCCCUUGUCUGGCUGAGAUUGAGAGACUCCAAGUGAAGGAGGUAGCCAAGAGGAAACCAGGUAUGUUCAUCCCGAGCUGUGAUGAGGAUGGCUACUACAGGAAGCUACAGUGUGACCAGAGCAGAGCAGAAUGCUGGUGUGUUGACCUUCAUGGCACUGAGGUCACCGGGUCAAGGGUUCAUGGCAAGCCUGACUGUGAUGAGUUAGUGGGCUACUCUGGAGACUUUGGCAGUGGAGUGGGAUGGGAGGAUGAAGAAGAGAAAGAGACAGAGGAGAAUGCAGAAGAGGCUGAAGAAGAGGAAGAGCCUGAACCAGAAGAGACUGAUGAUGGAGGAUACAUCUGGUAGACAAAGUUCACCAUUAUCAGUGCACCUGUGCUCCUCAAAGCCCAUUUGUUAUCAGUCUUAAUUCAUUUAAAUAGCAUAUUGCUUGACGGAAGCUGUUGGAAAAGCUUAAUGGGCAAUUUUUACACAUAUUUAUUAUCGAUUUCGGUUUUAUUCUUUAAAUUCUCAUGCUGUUGCUUUCUCAAAACAUACAAAUCUGAUCAGGUAUUUAAAAAAAAUAUUUGAAAUUAAAUUUAAAUAAUCACAUUUAAGCAUUAAAUCAUGUUGCCUGUCUGAGCUUAUAGCCACAUAAUGUGCUGAGUAUAAUGUGUCAAUCAUCAAUCAAAUCUCAAACAGUGAUGUGAAUGGAAUUCUACACUGCUUUUAGAAAGUCAGACUAGGGAACCUGCUUGCUUAUAACUGAGAAACUUAUCAAAGUGGGCUGUAGAGCAGUACAUUAAGCUCUGACUGAGAGGAAUUUAAAGAAACAUGGAUGGGUUUUUAUUCCGAUCACAGGAUGCCUCACAUGUGCUUGUAUAAUAUCUACACAGGAAAUGGCAUUGCUGUGCUGAGGAACAACCAAAGGGAAUCACCAGUAACUUUUAAUUAAUGUAAUUAAUUAAUUUAUUUCAUUACCUCUCCAUAUUAGACAGGCAUGAACACAAGGUUGUCUCAGUACAUUUUCCUAUUCAUAAUGAUCUAUAAUAGAUUUCUGUCCACAACAUCACAAUACAUAAUAGAAACAUAAACUCAGAAAAAAAAGAAACGUCCUCUCACAUUCAACUGCUUUUAUUUCCAGCAAGUUGCUUAACAUGUGUAAAUAUUUGUAUUAAUAUAAAAACAUUCAACAACUGAGACAUAAACUGAACAAGUUUCACAGACAUUUGAUAAACAGAAACAGAAUAAUGAGUCCCUGAACAAAGGGGGGUCAAUAUUAAAAGUAACAGUCGGUAUCUGGUGGUCACCAGCUGCUUUAAGUACUACAGUGCAUCUCAUCCUCAUGGACUGCACCAGAUUUGUCAGUUCUUGCUGUGAGAUGUUACCCCACUCUUCCACCAAGGCAUUUGCAAGUUCUCGAUCACGUCUGGGGAAUACGUGGUUACAUGUAAUUUUCCACUGCAAGGACGAUCAGCUGUCCUUCCUGUCUCCCUGUAGCACUGUCUCAGGCGUCUUACAUUACAGACAUUGCAGGUUAGUGCUCUGGACACAUCUGCAGUCCUCAUGUCUCCCUGCAGCAGGCCUAUGGCAUGUUCAUGCAGGUGAGCAGGAACCCUAGACAUCUUUCUUCUGGUGUUUUUCAGAGUCAGUAGAAAGGUCUCUUUAGUGUCCUAAGUUAUUGUAACUGUAACCGUAAUCACCGACCACCUGUAAACUGUUAGUGUCUUAAGGACUGUUCCUCAGCCGCAUGUGCAAUAAUUGUUUAUGGUUCAUUGAACAAGCAUGAAAAACAUUGUUUAAACCUUUUCCAAUAAAAAUCUGUAAAGCUUAUUUGGAUUUGACAAAAUUAUCUUUAAAAUAAAAAGGGGCGUUUUUUUUUUUUUUUUUUUUUUUUUUUGCUGAGUUUAUAUUUAGGACCAGGAGUUGAAUGUUUAAAACUUUCCGACUACUACAUUUAAAUUUCUGAAGGAUAAGAAUGAGCAUAAUGACCCAACAAUUAUUCAUUUUCUUAAUAUUUACACACAGCCACAUCUUCUGAUGAUAAAGAUAUCGUAUGUGUUCAUUUUCUUGAAUGUCUUUUUCUUCGUUUUCUUUAUACUGUACUUGAAAAUUUGUAAACUCAAAGAUGUGUGAUUUUCUCAUGCCUUUCGCAAGAUAAAUGAGGUCGCUUGAUAGUUUUUACAGAAAUUGCAUGUUCGUUAAGAGGAAUGUACAGUUACUGUAUGAAUGUUGAAUAUUCUGGCUCUCUGAUAUGACAUCCUUUUGUCCUUCAUCUCAUUGUGAGUAAUUGUGAUAGACAGAGACAUCACUGCAGUCCAACCAAGAUGUCAGAACGGUCUAGUUUAAAGAAAAAAUGUUAUUGUGAACAAUAUAUUAAGUUGUGUUUAGAUUGUUAUACUUGUCUUUUAUUAUAUGGAAAUAUAAGUACUGUAUAUUGUGACAUUUUGAAGGAAACAUUCUUUUGACAGAACAAUCGAGUGUAAGAGUUUAAAUGUUAAGCAGGAAUGUGAAGCAGGAUCGCUGUGUGCAUCAUAUAAACAUAAUGAAGGGACUGCAUAUUACUAUUAGCCUGGGAGAUUUGCUAGAGGAAUGGUUAGAAGUGAUGAACACAUCACACACACUGUACCAGCACUGUAUCGGCUUUGUAAUGACACAUAUUCUGUUGUGAAUGUCAGAUUCAAAUGAUGCUGCUGCCUUCUUUCAUGAAUCUUAAGACAAGCAGAAAAGUGGAUCUUAGUGUACAACCAUAGCUAUCUGCUGCAAUUUAUUGUAAUUAUGCUUGCAUCAUCACUGUUUACGUAUGUAUAGUCAGUCAUGCGGUGUGCUAUACAGAGCUGCUGGAAUUGGUCGAAUCAAUGCGCUUUUAUGUAAUGUGAGACAAUGUCAGAGAAAUGCCGAGAUUGUGAUUAGUUGAUGCUUCAUACACGCUGGGUUAAAGCCUACAGAGAGACGCUACACUUAUUUAAUUUUGCAUUCAAAUCAGUAGUGUUUAUCAGGGAAAAAUAUAACUGAUUUAGUCUUAAUUGAAGCCGUUGUCUCAACAGAUUAAACUCUAAAUGGAAUCAUGAAACAAUACAAAAUGUUAAAAAUUGCAAUCUUACAGAUUGGGGACAGAAAUACAGAAAAACAUCCACUCCUUCUCUCGCUUCACAUUAACACUGAGCUGCUACUGUGUACUCAUUGCUGCUUAGCUCAGCUCGUGACAUGUUUUCUCACUGUGUUUGAUAUUUGAUAAUAAACCAGCACUGG